AUGGAUUCUUUGGAUAUAGCAAAUGCAGAUCUGUUGACUAGAGCCCAUACUUGCCUUAACAAUCUCAUCUAUUCGAUUCAUCUCACACCUUGGAAGUUGUACUUUGAUGGAUCAAAAACUGACAUAGCCUCUGGGGCAGGGAUUGUUCUAGAGGAGCCAUUGGAGAUCAGACACUGUUAUUCUUUCCAGUUAGAUUUCCAAUGUACCAACAACAGGGCUGAAUAUGAAGCCCUAAUCAUUGGCCUCGAAAUUCUGGUGGAAUUAGGGAUCCAAUCUGUAGAAAUCCUAGGAGAUUCUAUGCUUGUUUUGAAACAGAUUGUUGGAGAAUACAAAUGUCUAAAUCCUUCUCUAGUUGUCUAUUUAGCGGCAGUUAGGAAUCUUUUGACAGAAUUCAGGGAAGCUACUUGGGAACAUAUCCCAAGAGAAGAAAACUUUGAGGCCAAUGAAUUGGCCCAGGUAGCAACAGGGAUACAAAUGCUUGAAGAUUGUGUGCAAAGGAUUAUCAAGGUAGGAAUGGAGAUAGAUGUCAAUUCUGCCACAAUCACUGAAGAUGACUGGAGAAUUCCCAUCAUAAAUUACUUGCAAUAUCCAAUUCUGCCUUCUGAGAAGAGAGUCAGAAUCAUGGCUUCAAACUACCUUAUGUGGAAUGAAGAUUUGGUCCGAAAAAGCAAGGAUGAGAUACUGCUAAGGUGGAAGAAAAAUGUGUUGGUUAAUUAG